GAAACUCAAGUUUGACAAAGUGCUAUAUAUCUAGAUAAGUUUGACGGAUGAGUUUCUCCUAAAUGUUUACUAAAAUUAUACUCUUUGGCAAAAUUAGCCCUAAAAAUGCAUUUAAAACAUUCCAUAAGCCAGUUAUGUCAUUGAUUUACAUAAAUUUUUUUUCAUCUUCUGUACUGUGGUGGAGAACAUUUGCCAUAACAAUUGGCAAGAAAGUGAAAUGAUGUAAAUUACAGGAUUGCCACGUCUUCUGGAGCAAACUGCAAAGAUGAAAUAUGAGAGAGAGAGAGAGAGAGAGAGAGAGAGAGAGAUAGGGGUUAGUUCAAAGCUGAUUGAAAGAGAGAAGAACAUUAGGAUUUUUCCAUGAAGUCAUUUAUUAAACUCCCAAAAUAGGCAUCAAAGCUCUUUAAAUGUUUCCCGCCCUGUUUUUUUUUUAUCUUCUUUGUCUCUGCGUUAUUAGAAUUUAGAUCGUAUGCGAAUGAGGUCCUUGAAAGAUGGCCUUAUAUAUCACAUUCAAGCCAUAAAAGCUGGUUUUACACCAACCAUUUUCGCGUCCAAUCAACUUAUUCACUUGUACUCUAAACACGGUCUUCUUCGUGAAGCUCACAAACUGUUCGAUGAAAUGCCUGAACGAAACGUCUUCUCUUGGAAUGCUAUAAUCUCGGCUUAUAUAAAAUCCCAAAACUUGCCACAAGCAAGAGCGUUAUUUGAUGCAGCUUCCAGCAGAGACUUGGUUACCUAUAAUUCAAUGUUAUCUGGGUAUGUAAGCGCAGAAGGGUAUGAAGCUCAUGCGCUUAAGUUAUUCAUUGACAUGCAUUCUGUGUAUGAAGAAAUCGGAAUUGAUGAGUUUACAGUUAGCACGAUGCUUAACUUGACUGCCAAGUUGAGUGUGGUAUCAUAUGGGAGGCAGUUGCAUUCAUAUAUGGUGAAAAGUGCUUGCGAUUUUUGUGGGGUUGCGGUUAGCUCUCUCAUUGAUAUGUAUUCUAAAUGUGGUUGUUUUAAAGAAGCAUACCAGGUUUUUAGUGGAUGUGGUAGUGGAGUGGUUGAUUUGGUUUUGAAGAAUGCAAUGGUGGCAGCUUGCUGUAGGGAAGGAAAAUUGGAAAUGGCUUCCGAUAUUUUUUGGAGAGAACCCAAGUUCAAUGACAUGGUAUCCUGGAAUACAUUAAUUUCAGGUUAUGCUCAGCAUGGUUUUGAGGAGGAGUCAUUAAGGUUGUUUUUCCAUAUGGCUGAGAGUGGAUUUGGAUGGAAUGAACAUACUUUUGCAAGUGUUUUGAGCGCGUGCUCUGGCAUGAAAAGUUUGAAGCUUGGAAAGGAAGUCCAUGCUUGGGUUUUGAAAAAUGGGUUGAGCUUGAAUCAAUUUAUUAGCAGUGGCAUUGUUGAUGUCUAUUGUAAGUGUGGGAAUAUGAAGUAUGCAGAGUCAGUUCAUGCAGCAAUGGGAAGCGGAAACUCCUAUGCUAUUACUUCAAUGAUUUUGGGGUAUGCAUCUCAAGGCAGCAUGGUAGAUGCCCGAAGGCUUUUUGAUUCAUUACUAGAGAAGAAUUCUCUUGUCUGGAUGGCUUUAUUUUCAGGUUAUGUCAGGUCACAGCAGUGUGAAGCUGUGUUUGAACUUUUUUGUGAGUUCAAUGCUGAGGAAGCAACAGUUCCUGAUGUUUUGAUCCUUUUCAGUUUGCUCAGCAGUUGUGCAAUACAGGCUGCCCUGGAUCCUGGAAAGCAGAUUCAUGCUUACUUACUGAGAUUAGGGAUUGAAAUAAAUGAGAAGCUGAUUACUGCUUUGGUUGAUAUGUACUCAAAAUGUGGGAGCAUUGCUUAUGCAGAAAAAAUAUUUGAAAGAGUUAUUGACAGAGAUUCAGUCCUUUACAAUGUAAUGAUAGCUGGUUAUGCUCACCAUGGGCAUGUAGAUGAAGCCAUCCAUCAUUUUAAAGAAAUGGUGGAUAGAGGUGUCAGACCAGACGCAGUCACCUUUCUUGCACUUCUGUCAGCUUGUCGUCACUCUGGAUUAGUAGAACAGGGUGAGGAAAUUUUCCAUUCCAUGAGAAAAGACUUUAAUGUAUUGCCUGAAAUAGACCACUAUGCAUGUAUGAUUGAUCUGUAUGGGAGGGAUAAUCAACUAGGAAAGGUGGUAGCUUUUAUGAAAAUGAUUCCAACGGAACUGGAUGCUGCAAUCUGGGGGGUAUUUCUGAAUGCUUGUAGGAUAAACGGGAAUACAAUAUUUGCAAGAGAGGUGGAAGAGAAACUACUAAGAAACAUAGGAGAUGAUGGGGCUCGGUAUGUUCAGUUGGCCAAUGUCUAUGCUGCAGAGGGCAAUUGGCAUGACAUGGGAAGAAUAAGGAAGAAGAUGAGAGGGAAGGAGGUCAAAAAGCUUGCUGGUUGCAGCUGGGUACACAUGGAAAAUGGAGUUCAUACAUUCACUUCUGGAGAUACAUCUCACUCUAAAGCAAAGGAUAUAUACAAAUGCUUAGCCUGCUUGACUGGUGAACUAUAUGAAAUAGCUGGGGCAUUGCAUUGAAGUCAUCUUUGAAUGACAGCAUGACAACGUGACUGAUUUUGGAUGCUUUUGGACAUAGAAAUUCAUGGUUUAUUUGGAUGUGGAUAACCUGGAUAAAGGGACCACCAACCACCAUUCAUUUUCAAAAAGCAUGUAUCAAUCACAUGAUUCACAACUUACCACCUUAGCAAGUUGUGAAAACAGUUGUGUCAAUAUUAUUGUUGUAAAAAUGUUAAGCAAUCUUUUUAUCCUUCUUCCAUCAAAAUGUAUAACAUGGAGAAGACAAUAUUUGAUGA